UCCGUCACUAACACCUCCUCUGUACGAGUCGAGUCAUGGUUAUGGUGGGUGGGUUUGGUGUUCGUCUCUCUCAAUUGCAUUGCAACGGUCUUUUGGAAGCGAUUCUAUGAUUCGACCGUCGCUACCGCUUCUGAAUUUUUCACUCCUCCUACGGCACUGGGAUUGCUCUCUUGGAUCUUAUCUACUCAUCCACCAUAUGUUCAGGUGGUAUGCGCUACAUCUUCAGGUUAAGGUCGUAAGCUUAAGUCUGAGUUUCUCUGAUGGGCAAGGCUGGUCAUGUGGUGUAUUCAUGUUUCAAAUACUAUCACAGUCUUCAGGGGUUUUGUUCUUCCUCUUAACACUUCUUUACUUCUUUUUUGGUUUUUUUUUUGCUUCGAUUCUUACAUUUGUUUCUUUGUCUUGCAGGUUUUUUGGAAGCAAUUAUGAAGUUAUGUCUUCAAGGGUGAUUUGGAAGCAAUUAUGAAGCUAUAUAUGUCUUCAGGGGUUUUGUUUUCUUCCUCUUAACACUUCUCUUUCCUCUUCUUUUCUUUUUUGCUUUGAUACUUAUAUCUGUU